AUGAUAUACGUGUGCGAGGCCUCUCUCGUGAGUGAGCAUUUAAUGGAUGCUUCCAUCCUAGAAUGGUCUUCAGCAUCCUCAUCCAUCGCGCGAAAAAGAGCCAAUAGAAGCAUUCCCGCAGCUGCUAUAUAUUCAUUACUCAUUCCCGUAGCUGCUAUAUAUUCAUUACUCAUUCCCGCAGCUGCUAUAUAUUCAUUACUCAUCUCCUCCGCAAUACUCCCACUCCUCCACAUUCUAUUCUGCUGCGUGCCGCUAUUCUACUUCAUUGACACACCGCUCGCUGUGCAAACCUCCUCAUCAUCCCCGCACCGAGUCUUGUACCAUCCGGCUCAUCUCACAGCUACAAAGAUCACCCACGUAUCCUCUGUCUCCACAAUGUUCAACCCAACUAUGACCGCUGAGGAGUUCAAGCAGACCAUGGACACUGCCCGCGAGGGUGUCCAGCAGCUGGCUGUGGAGAAGGAAAUGGUUAGCCUGGAACCGCACCAUGAUGAGCUCACGCCAGAGUACGUUAACGCACACAUGGCGCUGUUCAAACGGCUCAUUAAGAUCGUUGAUAAUGUGCUUUCUGUCGUGGAGGACACAGAUGAUGUGAUGGAGGGAGUGAAAGAAAAUAAAGAGGGUUGUGCUGAGUCUGAUAACGAGAUCGAUCCAGACUUGGACCACUCAGACAACCUGGGGAGUUUGCAACACAAGGAUGAAAACACAAAGCUAUGGGGGUCAAGCUGUAAUACGAUAUAA